AUCCCACCAGCAAGAAAGUCUGCCCAGCGACCACCCAAGUGGGGGGUGGUGGGCCAUGGCUGCCGGCCAGUGAGCUGGGAGCGUGUCAGGUUACUAGGUAACCCCUGCACCUAUCACCAUCCCUCCUCUAGUACCUCAUGUCAGAGAAAAGUGAUUCCUGUCAGGGAAGAAAGCUCUUCAACUUAGAAAUGUUCAGAAGUUUUCAACAUACUCACAAACAUGUCUGGUGGUCCGGAGAUCGAUGCCCUCCUAGCCAGGGUGAAGGAAGCAGCCAUGAGAGAUGGAGGUACUUGGCUUCGUCAAGCCCUUGAAGCAGCCAGCGCAUCUGAUGUACCUAGGACUGAGGCAGUGACAGCAGCCACGGGGUCCAAGGGCCGCAGAUCCAGGCCGCCCACCCGCCUCAGCCCAAGUCCAGUUGGGGGAAGGAAACGGGCAGGCAAACGGCGACCCCCCCCCUCAGCAUCCCCACAGCCUGCAGGCUCUCCUCCAAAUGCAGCCCGGACACGCAGGGCAAGCAGAGCCCCAGCAGCACCUACUAACCAGCCUGCACGACCUGAGGGUCCAACUGAGCAACCCGCUCUCCCAGCAAGCCGGCGGCGCAGCAGGAGAGGAUCCGGACCGGCUUCCCCCACAAGCAGACGAAUGGCGUCCCCAGGCGCUAGGACCCAGCCUGCUUCUUCGGCUGCCGAACGCCAUACUGAGGUUCCUAGGCGCGCGCACCGUGAUGACGUCAUUGCGCAAGAUGGCCGCCGCGACGUGCGUUCCACCGUGCGUUCCAUGCGUUCCACCAUGCGUUCCACGCAGGAAUCAGCGCACACAAGCAGCAGAGAAGCCCAGGAUCGCCCCUAUUCAGCUUCACAGCAGGGGAACUACCUGGCAGAAGAGGAUUUCAGCGCCUCAUCCCCUCCAUACACACGGGCAGCAGAAUGGAGCCCCCAGGGUCUUGAUGACCUACCCGAACUUUCUCCCACGGUCCAGCAGCGUACGCCCAAAGCUACAGUGUGGAUUCUGGGCCAUUCUUAUGUUUAUUGGGCAGCGAGACGGGCAUCCAUUCGCAGUUACGGCAGACAGCUUGGUUUCCCUGAAAGUACAGUACGUGCCCGUUGGAGGGGCAUUAGGGGCCUUUUGUGGCAACAGAUCUUACCGGAAUUUCUUCAGCUCCAAGGGAUAACAACAGGCCCAAAGGUAAUAGUGAUCCAUGCGGGGGGGAACGACAUGGGGAUGGGCAAGAAUGCGGACCUCAUACAUUCCAUUAGGCAGGAUCUGGAGCGUUGCUCCAAGUUUUUAAGAUCCUGCGUUCUGGUUUGGUCUGAGAUCAUACACAGGCGCGUAUGGCGUCACGCCAGGAAUCCCCUAGCCAUGGAAAAGUGCAGGAAAAAGCUCAAUAUGUCCGUUUCAGCGUUUGUAAAUACCAUAGGUGGGGUAGUUGUUAGACACAGGGAAAUGGAACAAGAUGGCCCACACCUACUUCGAGAUGAUGGGGUGCACCUUAACCCAAUUGGAUUAGAUAUAUUUAAUAUGAACCUCCAAUCAGGCAUUGAAACAGCGCUGUUGAUGUUGGGGCACCAAUCCGGCUAGGAGUAGCCGAAUUGGUGGUGGCGGAUGGCAACAUCUGACAGCGUAGUCUGGAGAUAUAUUUGGUGAGUUAAGCGGCUGGUCAGCAGCUUACGGCUGGGGCCAGCUGCAGGAGACUCCUGGUACAGCGGGGUUCAAUUCGUGCCUGCCGGGCCCCCCGGCAGUUGGCAUAUUUUGUUAUGUGGUUUUUUCAUAUAUAUAUGUUUAAUAAAAGCUGUGGCCGCUAAUUUAUCCACACAAAUGUUGUUGUGUCGUUAUUAUGAAUGUUUGAGCGGCCACAGUGGCACUCCCAGCUCAUCUGGCCUUUUGGCAGCCAAGUCUGCCCAGCGACCACCCAAGUGGGGGGUGGUGGGCCAUGGCUGCCGGCCAGUGAGCUGGGAGCGUGUCAGGUUACUAGGCAACCCCUGCACCUAUCACCAUCCCUCCUCUAGUACCUCAUGUCAGAGAAAAGUGAUUCCUGUCAGGGAA